AUAAACGACGUGAAUUGAUUAAUCAGAUCGUAUAUCUGUAUCUAAUCGAGACAAGUUACAUCAUAUGCGAAGGAUAGAUCCGUCCUAGUGGUCCAACCUGCUACGUUACACCGGAAAAUCAAAAUUCCGAGAUAUGCAAAAUUAGAUUUUAAAAAGAUAAAACGAUUUUAAAUAUACGUUAAAAAUAGCUCCUUCCUGCUUUGCGGUUUAUGCACGGAGAAAAUGCGGUAAGAAUGCAUCGCAUUUCGGUCAGUGACAGCAACAAUGACCGCAACGCGGCACGCUCAUGAUGUAAAUGUGCAGGAUAUAUUCUGCGUGUCAUAUGUAUGUACGUAUAUUUUUUCGAUCGUUGAACUUGUCUUUUGAAACAGCAAUAAAUCAACAAUCAUCAGUAUGUUCGCGCGAAUAAGUGACCUUGAUGUAAACUAUCGACUGACAAUCCCGUAUUGUGGAAAGAUGCUUUCCAUUUGACGAACACGUAGCCGACAGUCUCGAGAGAAAGAUUUUAUUCGAAUAUAGCUUUUCGAAAUUUUUUCACGGAGAUAACAUAGAACGAUGGCGGAAGACGCGUUGAAGGACUGGAAAAUUGCUAGGACCGGCAUCUCUCUGUUGUUGAAUAACAAAACUGAGGAAGCUGAAGCUCUGUUUAUCGAGCACCCUCAUAGCUUCCAUGUCAAAGCCGGCCGUUGUUUUGUUCUCUUCAUGAAUGCUCUGAUGACUUUCGAAGAGGACAAGUUUCAGCAAGCCACAUUAUUGCUUAAAGAUAUGGAACGAGAAUGUGCGGGCGACAUAGGAUGGCUGAAGUCUGUAAAAAGUAAAGUGUUUAGAGCCGAAGAGACCGAUAAGGACUACGUGAAUAAAUUAGAGCGUCAAAUAGUUCUAGCGGAUACGCAGGUAUUCUCAGCUGUAUCAUUGUUUCUUCAACAAGAGUUAACUGGAUACGUUCGUGGUUGCUGGAUGCUUCGUAAAGCUUGGCGUGUUUAUCAACACGCGUACAAUCAGAUCUCGCAAUUGUAUCGUCGCACUUUCGGUACAAAUCCGACCGGAUUCAGCCCGUCUUGCAUCAAUCCGAGCAAUGGAUCCUCUCUGCAGAGUCCACAGAGUCCAGAAUCUUCGGAAUGGUCGAUACCAUCCUGCAACGGUUACACGAACAACGUGACACCAAUGUCAUCGCCAUCAGGUCUGCGAAGCUCUCUAUCAAUGUUCUUCUCGCUCACUGGCAUCACGUCUGAACAACAGACACCUUUCGUGGAACCGGCUGAGGUGACACGUUUAAUGUCGGCCGCAAGCUUCGGUUAUGGUGUAUACCAACUGUGCGUGAGUCUUUUGCCACCUUCUGUGCUGAAAGUGAUCCACUUUUUCGGCUUUGAAGGUAACAGGCAGUCUGGUCUUACUGCCCUUAUGUACGCACGACUUGGCGAAGAUAUGCGUGCACCGCUUGCUACAUUAUCCCUCCUUUGGUAUCAUACAAUUGUACGUCCGUUUUUCGCACUGGACGGAUCCAAUGUAAAAGCGGGGGUCGCAGCAGCGAAACAGCUGGUAGCUGAAUGUCAUGCCGAAUUCCAGAAUUCUGCCCUUUUUCUUUUUUUCACUGGCAGAAUGGAACGUUUAGAGAGAAAUGUUGAUGCGGCUCUAGAAGCGUUCGGCAAAGCUGUGGAGGUUGCAACUCAGAGGGAAGUCAAACUGUUGUGUUUACACGAGGUGGCUUGGUGCCACGUGAUACGCUUCAGCUACGAUGAAGCGUAUCGAUCCUUACUGCAGUUGCAGCAGCAGUCGAGGUGGUCCAAGGGCUUCUACGCGUACUUAGCCAUGGUUUGUUGUGGAGCGAACGGAAAGUUUGACGUUCUUCUGUCGCUGUACGGUAAGAUUCUUCCUUGGUUCCAUGAGACGAAAAACGAAUCGCAACUCGAUGUCUUCAUCAUGCGUAGGCUGCCGAAAAUCGUUGAUAAAGAAACCGGGCAUCCUUACACAGUUUUGUAUUAUAAGUUGCUCGUAUAUGAAGCAUUGUACUUGUGGAAUGCCCUUCCGUCUUGUUCCACCGAAUCGCUGCGAGAAAUAUCUUAUGAAUGCAAGGAAAACCAUUCCGAGGAACCAAUGGUGGGUUUGACUGAUCUUAUUGAAGGUGCAGCAUACCUUUAUCUAGAGGACACCGAAGCGGCUAUUAAAAGUUUUCGAAAUUGUCUGAAAUGUAGGUAUCCGUCCAAGGACGAGUACGAUCAGCAUGUCAGCGCGUUUGCCUUGUACGAAUUAGGAAGUAGCCUUAGUAACAAUAACAAUCUUAAUGAAGGCAAAAAUUUCUUAUCAAAAGCGCAAACUCAGUACAAAGAUUACGACUUUGAAACUCGACUCAAUUUACGUAUACAUGCCGCCCUGAAAAAUGUAUAGUGACAUUAAGCGUCCGAUAUUACAUCACACAAUGUAACAUAGUUUUAGU